AUGGCGUUGGCUGAUCCCAGCGAUGACUUGAACUGCUCCAUCUGCCUGAACAUCUACACCGAUCCGGUGAACCUGAGAUGUGGGCACAGCUACUGCCGGGAGUGUAUCGAGAAAGCUUUGGAUGAACAGACGGUAGCCGGGGUCUACAGGUGUCCUCGGUGCAGAAAAGAUUUCCUGGAACGCCCGGCUCUGCAUCCAAACCUCGAUCUUCGGAACAUAGCCGACCGAGUGCGUUCCCAAGCCACUCAGAAGGAAAGCGGCAUCUUCUGCACCUACUGCAUUCACUCCCUGGUCCCAGCUGUCAGGUCCUGCCUACUUUGCGAAGCCUCGCUGUGCGACAAUCACCUGAGCGUCCACAUCAAGUCCUCAGAGCAUGUAUUGACGGAACCCAACAGGUGCCUGAGGAACAGUAAAUGCUCCUUCCACAAUAAGAUCCUGGAGUUUUACUGCAUUGAGGACUCUUCCUGCGUCUGUGUGACCUGCAGGCUGGAUGGAGAGCACAUAGGACACAGAGUGCAGUCACUGGCGGAAGCCUCGGAGAAGAAGCUGGACAACCUGAGGCAAGUUCAGGAGAGGCUGACCUCUCAGAGGGUGGAGACUGAGAAGAGGGUCCACAAACUCCAAGAGCAUGGGACAAAGGUGCGACAGAGGGCCGCGGGUUUGAUGGUCAGGGUGAACGCUCUGUUCAGGGAAAUCAGGAGGCAGCUCCAAGAUCUGGAGAAGAGGGUCAUGGGCGAGAUCUCCCGGCAGGAGGAGAAGAUCUCACACUUCAUCUCUAAUGUGAUCGAAAAGCUGGACGUAAAGAAGAACGAGCUGUGCGCCAAGAUCUUCUACAUCGAGGAGAUGUGCAACAUGGCGGACCCUGUGACCGUCCUACAGGAAAAGGACACCGCUGACUUUUGUAACUCCAGGGAGGAAGAAGACAAUGAAAGAGAGAGCGGUGACGUCGGUGAUCUGGAUGAAGACCUGAUCUCACUGACCAUUAGGAAAGGGUUGUCCAAUGCCAUAUCUUGCACAGGAACAUUGCGCACUGGGGUACCUGAUACGAUGGCAGGACCAGAGACCAGCGUUAGUGUGAAGGAGGUCGGUCGGUUGACCCCGGCCAAUUCUCAGGCGGCUUCAGACCUGCUACUGGAUGAGAGCACGGCUGGUAAUCAAAUGAGUAUCUCCGAGGAUAUGAAGAGCAUAUACUGGACAAUGAGGCCAAUGAACCGGCCGGCAACGCCGCAGAGGUUUCAGUAUAACCAGGUUUUCAGUGUCAGAGGGUUUUCGCUGGGCCGAUAUUUCUGGGACGUGGAGAGCAGUAGGACUGGAGACUGGAGAAUAGGGGUGGCCUAUGCCAGCAUGCUCAGGAGAGGUGACACCUCAUUUUUAGGAUAUAAUAAAGAAUCUUGGUGUCUCCGCAGGAGUAAUAACGUGUACUCAGUGUGGCAUGAGAAGAAAAGCCUCACGUUGUCCUCACAGCCCUCCAGCAUCACAUUACGGGUACAUCUGGAGUUUGAAGACGGGCAGCUGGCCUUCUACGAGCUGGGCGAGCGGAUCAAACACCUGUACACCUUCACCGCCAAAUUCACUGAGCCCCUCCAUGCCGCGUUUUACGUGUCGGAAGAUUUGGAUCGCAAAGGUUGCCGUCUGAAAAUUAUAACGUAG